AUGUUGUUUCCUCGUUUGGCGUAUGUUAGCUACAUAAAAUCCGAUCAAGCGAUGUGGUACCGAGCUUGCAAGACCUGCAACAAGAAGGUGACUGAAGCUGUUGGCGCCGGCUAUUGGUGCGAAGGGUGCCAGAAGAACAUGCGAGAUUGCAACCUCAGGUACAUAAUGGUUGUUAAAGUCUCGGAUGCAACUGGCGAGGCAUACCUCUCUGUCUUCAACGAACAAGCCGAGAAGAUCAUCGGAUGCACAGCAGACGAGCUCAACGAGCUAAGAUCUCAGGACGGCGAGAGUUCUUACCAAAUGAAGCUGAAAGAAGCGAUGUGGAGAGCUCAGCUUUUGCGGGUAAGCGUUACGCCGCACGAAUACAAUAACGAGAAGAGGCAGAGGAUAACUGUUAGAAGUGUUGCAGCAGUAGAUUAUGCAGCUGAAUCUAAGUAUUUGCUCGAACAAAUUUCCAACAAAAUCAAGAUUGUGUCUCAUUAAAUAGGUAGAGUUUUUAAUCCAUCCUUGUUAUGCUUUUGAACCACAAUUUUUCCGUAUCUUUUGGUGAUCUCUCGGUAAUUUCUCUCAAAAGUUACAUUUGCGAUCCUACAUCAAAGCA